AUCCAAAACAAAUAAAAAUAAAAAUAAAUUAAAUCUAAAAAAGCGUUUUAAACUUAAAGUUGAUAAUUAUAAUUUGAUCUCAAUAUGGCAAAGUUCUGUUUAAUUGACAGUGAGAAAUAUUAUAUAAAACUUUCUGAUCAACCAAAACGAUUUGAUGCUGAUAGUCCAGUUACUAACGUAUUUUUUGAUGACACAAAUGGACAGGUAUUCACAGUCAGAUCAGGAGGUGUGACAGGAGUAACAGUAAUUGGAAUGGAUAAUUCCAAAAAUACAUCUUUCAGAAUGGAAGAUAGAGGUCCAAUUAUAUCUAUAAAGUUUUCACCAGACCAUAAAAUACUGGCCAUCCAACGUAAUCAUGAAAAUCAGAACCCUACAAUUGAAUUUGUUAAUUUCAAAGAUUUAGCCCCAACUAAUGUGGAAUAUUCACACACUUGUAAAUGGAAAAAUGCUAAAAUCCUGGGCUUUGUGUGGCCUAAGGCUAAUGAGAUUGCAUUUGUGACAGAUCAUGGCAUAGAACUACUAGUAGUUUUACCUGAUAAAAAACAAUUGAAAAGUUUGAAAAGCACAUCCUUCAGUGGAGCCUGGUUUUCCUGGUGUGCCCCAAGUAAUAUAGUUCUACUUGCUGGUAACAAUGGUGUUUUGUUGCAGCCUUUCUCAUUAAACAACUCCAGCAUUGCCAAACUACAAAAACUUGAAUUGGAUGCUGCUCGUCCAGUUGUGGAGAGAGAUGUGUUUCUAUUACGUUUAUGCGAUUCUACAUGGUGUGCUGUUUUCCGACAUGGAGUCUCUACUACUACUGCUGCACCAGGGCCCACUGAAGUAUGGUUGUUACCAGUGUCUGGCAAUGCUGCACACGUCACCCAUGUUCUGAAGACAGGUCUCGUAGGCAGAUUCGCAGUUAACGUAGUUGAUGACCUACUUGUUGUCCACCAUCAGUCGUCGCAGACAUCCCAGGUGUUCGAUAUAGCGGAAUCCAGCGGUACUGGAAGCGCUGGGGGCGGGGGCUGCGUUGUGGUGCACGUGCCAGUGGUGGGGGCGGCGUGCAUGCAGCCCGCGCGGCUAGCUGACCACGACUGUCCCAUGUACUCUAGCAACUGGGUGGUAUUCCAACCAGACUACAUAAUCGACGCUCGGCUCGGGUGCUUAUGGAAAGUUUCACUAGUGCCCUCCGCAUUGGCUCAUCAAAUACCGAAAGACGAAAUACCGAAGAUUGUAGCGGUGCUCCUCAGAAGAAAGGAUUCAGAAGACACUGUUUACAGAAUAUUGAUUCAGCUGGUGGAGAAUGCGGACACUUAUCUGGUCGAGUUAACCAAGGUCUUCGAUGAGAUAAACAGUGUCUAUAGAGAGUGGGCCGAAUGGGAAAUGGCACGUAAUACGGCGGGGGCAGGGGCGGAGGCGCGCGAUGCGGGGCGCACGCCCCUGCUGAUUUCGCAGGCGGACCUCUGCACACGUGUCUUACACGCCCGCACACAUCUGCCACAACUCGUACAGGUGGUGACGGCUUACCUGUCGUCGUUGUGCCGGCACAGCAUGGUGGUGCAGCACCCUGUGGCGGAGCUGUGCGUGCGCGCGCUGGUGACGCGCGGCCAGCACGGCCGCCUGCGCGCGCUCGUGCGCCGCGGCUGUCUCGGCGACGCCAGGCCGCUCGCCUGCCAGCUGCUCGCGCUCGGACAUCUGCAGCUCGCACUCGACAUGAUGGCCAGGCUCAACCGGCACGAGGACAUUGUGGAGGUGCUGCUGGGAUGGGAACAGCCGGUGGCAGCUGCAGGGGCGGCGCGGAGCGCGGGGCUGCUGCACCGCGUGUCCGCGCGCAAGUUGCUAGCCGCCGCCCGCGCCCGCUCCCCGCCCGCCUUCCUCGCCCUCUACCACGCGCUGCACACCCCGCCCCGCGCGCCCGCGCCACCGCCCCCACCCUGUCUUGCAGGUGAACAAUGUGACAUCUAUAACGAAUAUUACAGACAGUUGACAUUGGAACAAGCAACAUAAUUUUAGAAUACUGAAAGCACAAAGUUUUAUGAGCGAUAUAAAGAAAGUCUAAAUAGUAUAUUUGUGGUACAUAGUGUUUAAUAUGAAAUUUAAUUAAUUAAGUGUUACUGUUUAUUUAUUGUUGUAAAUGUUACUCAUGUUAAAGAAAUAAUUGACUGUUUAUAAUUUUUUAAUUGUUUAAGUAAAAAAUAUAUUGUCAUAAAAUUGUAAAUAUUGUAAUGUAUAUUUCAUGGAAAAAAUACCUAUAUUUGUAUUGGAUAAUUUUAUUGAAUCCAUGUUUUAG